CUCGCUAGUGCUGCAUACAACCCGCAGUAUCAUCUCCCUUCUAUCUCAUCCCUUAUCUGCUGAUCUCUGCGUGCCACACUCUUUCUCUUUUGGCACUAUUUUCAUAAAGAUUGGAGUUUUCGUUGAGGAUUCCUAUAAUUUCUCCCCAGCUCAGCGCUUCCGAUUGCCGUGUCUGUAGCUGCGUGGUGGGUCUGCUGCCGUCUGGAGCAGCUGUGAUUUGUGAUUACAAGCGAUCGUUUUGCGCGUCACUUCCGGUUUCUCUCAGCGAAGAUGAUGACCAUGACUGAGCUGUUCUACGGGCCAAUUGAGCCGACCUGGAUUGUGCACCCACAUAACCCCGGAUUCAAGCGCCCGCACCCCAACUAUGACCCGCACUACUACGGCAACCCGUACACUAUUUACACGGAUGACGCUCUUACAUACAGACGCAACCCAUACAUGCAGCGCAACGCUGUGCCUUACACCAUGGUAGCUCCGCAAGAGGUUGCAGGGGCUGUCUACAGGCCUCCAGGUCCGGUGAUGGCAUACCCCUACCAGGCGCAGUACUUCGCUCAAGAAGGCAGCAAUGGCACCAUUACAGCCAUGGCGCCAGUUGCCCAAGGCGCACAGGUUGUCCAGACUCCGGCUAAGAAUGCUCAAAGCCCGGCCCGCCCGGGCGUCCUUCAACCACGAAACAACAUCGCUACCUUUAAGACUGUACAUUUCAUGGUGCCUCUGUGCUGCGAGAAAUGUGAGAAUACGAUCAAGGAGCAGCUCCUGGACUUGGAGGAUGUGGAAAGAGUCACAUGUGACCAAUGGAAGCAGAAGGUCACCGUCACAAGCUCCGUGCCCGCGGAGAAGCUGCUGAAGCGACUGCAGAAAAUCAAGAAGCGUUCCACUUUCUGGCCUCAGCAAGAGUUUAACGGAGCUGUCAAGGUUAUGAAUACCAACCAGGCCCAACAAAUGUCGUUCCAGAAGGAGGAUGAACCGACCAAUGAUGAGAACAGCACCCCUCAGCAGUUGUGAGCCCAUAGUCUGUCAUUGUUUCCAGUGUAGACUGUUUGCACAAUUUGAAACCUCCGAGUUGGAUUGCAACGUGUUCUUAGACCGUGUAAAACAUACCGAUACGACUGAGUGGUUUUUUUGAUCCGAGGGUUCCAUAGGCGAUACGUGAUUUCAACCUUGAGAAAUCAUGCAAUAUGUUUGAGAGUACAGCGCAGGUGUGUCAUAGCUUCUGACCUCCAUCCACCAUCUUCUGAUGGAGGAAUAUUCAAAAUGUAGAACAUAUUAGGUAGUCACAUUCUUGUUCAAUUUUGCAAUCCGGUAAUGCCCUUGAUGGUUGACUUAAAAAGAUCCAACUUAUGUGCACCGUUCCGAACGCCUCA